UUCGUCAAAAUAGCCAACUACCAGGACCUGUUGGGCAGCCAUCAUCAACUGCUCAUAGCCGCCACCGCCGCCGCCGCUGCAGCAGCCGCCGAACCGCAACUGCAACUGCAACACCUGUUGCCAGCAGCGCCGACGACACCAGCAGCCAUUGGCCAUCCGAAUACGAAUACGAUUCCGAUUCCGAUAAGCCCCAUCAGUUCGAUUGGCCCGAUCAAUCAGAUCAGCAGCAACAGCCCGAACAGCAACAACAACAACAACAACCAGCAGGCGGUGUUUGAAAAAGCCAUCACCAUUUCGUCGAUUGCGAUAAAACGCAGGCCGACGCUGCCGCAGACGCCAGCAAGUGCCCCACAGGUGUUGUCGCCGUCGCCCAAGCGCCAGUGUGCCGCCGCCGUCUCAGUGCUGCCGGUGACCGUUCCCGUGCCCGUUCCGGUCUCCGUGCCGCUGCCUGUCUCCGUGCCCGUGCCCGUCUCCGUCUCGGUCAAAGGUCACCCGAUCUCGCACUCGCACCAGAUCGCCCACUCGCAUCAGAUCUCGCAUUCGCAUCCGAUCUCGCAUCCGCACCACCACCAGCUGAGCUUCGCCCAUCCCACGCAGUUCGCGGCCGCCGUCGCCGCCCACCACCAGCAGCAGCAGCAAGUGCAGCAGCAACAGCAACAGCAGCAGCAAGUGCAGCAGCAACAGGUUGCCUACGCAGUUGCCGCCUCCCCGCAGUUGCAGCAACAGCAGCAGCAGCAACAGCAGCGACUGGCCCAGUUCAAUCAGGCGGCAGCAGCAGCACUUUUGAACCAACACUUGCAACAGCAACAGCAGGCCCAGCAGCAAUCCUUGGCCCACUACGGAGGCUAUCAGCUGCACAGAUACGCACCCCAGCAACAACAGCAGCAGCAACAACAACAACACAUCCUGCUGAGCACCGGCAGCAGCAGUAAGCACAGCAGCAACAACAACAACAGCAGCAACAGCAACAACACAGUGACAACAUCAGCGGCUGUGCAAAUUGCAACAUCCGUUGCUGCGGUGCCGACCAGCGGCGGCAGCUUGCCGGACAGUCCCGCCCACGAAUCGCACUCGCACGAGUCCAACUCCGCGACCGCCUCCGCGCCGACCACGCCCUCGCCGGCAGGCAGUGCCACCAGCGCCGCCCCCUCAGCAACGGCAACAGGAACCGCUGCGACAGCCACAGCAACUGGCACACUAGCAACAUCAGCCGUUAGCGACAGCAACAACAACCUGAACAACAGCAACAGCAGCCGCGACAGCAGCAACAGCAACGCCGUAAUGGAGAAUCAGAUGGCUUUGGCCCCGCUGGGACUUUCGCAGAGCAUGGACUCCGUGAACACGGCCAGCAAUGAAGAAGAGGUUCGCACACUUUUUGUAAGCGGUUUGCCCAUGGAUGCCAAGCCGCGCGAGCUUUAUUUGUUAUUCAGAGCCUACGAGGGCUAUGAAGGAUCUCUUUUGAAAGUAACUAGCAAAAAUGGCAAAACUGCAUCGCCCGUUGGCUUUGUAACAUUCCAUACACGAGCUGGAGCAGAGGCAGCUAAACAGGAUUUGCAGCAGGGUGUACGCUUCGAUCCCGAUAUGCCCCAAACAAUUCGCUUGGAAUUCGCCAAGAGUAACACGAAAGUGAGCAAACCCAAACCACAGCCCAAUACAGCGACAACAGCCUCACAUCCUGCAUUGAUGCACCCACUCACUGGACAUCUGGGUGGGCCCUUCUUUCCGGGCGGACCGGAGCUAUGGCAUCAUCCGCUAGCCUACUCGGCAGCCGCCGCCGCUGAAUUGCCCGGAGCGGCUGCCCUGCAGCACGCCACGCUAGUGCAUCCGGCCCUGCAUCCGCAGGUGCCAGUGCGCUCCUAUCUCUGACUAAAUACAGACAAAGUAAUGGAGCAGCCUAUGCAUCAAACUCAAAUGACCAUGCCGCCACAUCAUCAGACAACUGCUAUUCAUCCCGGAGCCGCGAUGGCUCACAUGGCUGCGGCUGCGGGAGCGGCCUCCGCUGCUGCCGCCCCACAAAGUGCUGCUGCGACGGCCGCCAACAAUGUGGCCGCGGCCGCUGCCGCUGCAGCUGCUGCUGCCUCGCACCACCACUAUUUGUCGAGUCCGGCGCUGGCCAGUCCAGCUGGGUCCACGAACAACGCCAGCCACCCGGGCAACCCGCAGAUCGCGGCCAAUGCGCCCUGCUCCACGCUGUUCGUGGCCAAUCUGGGCCAGUUUGUGUCCGAGCACGAGCUGAAGGAGGUGUUCUCUAGUAUGCCUGGCUUUUGUCGCCUACGAAUGCACACAAAAGCCAUGGCAGCAGCAACUGGCUCAAGCUGCUCCACCAGUAACGGCGGCGGCGGCAACAACGCUGCGGUGCAGCAACAUCCGGUGGCUUUCAUCGAGUUCAAGGACCCACCGAGCGCAUCCCAGGCCAUGCAGCAACUGCAGGGUAAAUAUCUGCUCAGUUCGGAUCGCGGUUCCAUUCGCAUCGAGUUUGCGCGCAGCAAAAUGAUCAAUGAGAUGGCCAUCAUGAGCACCAAGGCACCACCACCCCCACAGCCUCCUGCUGCUGCACCACCUCCACCACCCAUGUACAUCUUGAACGGCGGCGGCGGGGUCGAGCACUUGCUGGUCAGUGCGCCACCGCCGUCGCUGCAACAGCAACAGCAACAGCUGCAACAGCAACAGCAACAGCAUAUCCAGAUGCAGCAACUGCAACAGCAACUGCAGCUGCAGCAUCACCAGCAUCAUCAACAGCAGCAACUCCAGCUGACCGUGGCAGCACCCUGCACCGCAGCAAGCACCGACACCAACAGCACCACCACUAGCGUUGUCGUUAACUCACUACAGCACCACCAACUUCAUCAUCCAAAUCAGCACAACCAAAAUCAUCUCUUUAGAGACAGGAGCGGGUAUGGAAUCACGGCAUGAUUUGCUCGCUAAGAAGCUAGAGCGCGAAAUGCAGCAACAGCAGACGCAAGUGCACCACCAGAAUCAGCAGCAGCAACAGCAGCACCACCAUGCAGCAGCGCAGCACUACCACCACAGCCACCAGACAGCGCACCACCAGCACCACCAGCAGCAGCAGCA